UGCAACAUGGAAUAGUGUCCGGUCGACUGUAUUGCCAAUCAUGGCAGGUCCUGAUCUGAUUAACACUCUUCUGUACACUGUCAACAACCUACUGCAGCAAGAGAAGUACAAAGCUGCGUUGGCAGUGUUGAAGGGAUUCAGAAACGGCGCCGUAUAUGGGGCCAAAAUCAGAGCACCACAUGCUCUGGUAAUGACAUUUCUCUUCAGAAGUGGCAGUUUGAAGGACAAGCUCAGAGCCAUUCUGAAGGCCACGUACACCCACUCCCGCAACCUGGCGUGCUUUGUGUUCACAUACAAAGGACUGCAAGCCUUGCAGGAGAGAUGCCAGGGAAAGAGUUUGCAGUCUCACGCCUUUCUCGCCGCCUGUGUUGGAGGAUGGUUAGUGUUCGGAGAUAACAACAACAUCAAUAGCCAGAUCAACAUGUACUUGCUGUCCCGGAUCCUGUUCGCCCUCUCUCGGCUGGCUGUAGAGAAGGGACUCAUCCCCCAGCCUAAACAUGACCCGUUCCCUCUCUUUGCCACGCUUGUGUGGGGCGUUGUCUUGUGGCUGUUUGAAUAUUACCCUCACACGCUCCAGCCCUCACUGCAGUCCUCCAUGAACUACCUUUACCAUGACAGCAAUGUGUGGCAUGACAUCACAGACUUCCUUGUUUAUAAUAAGCCAAGGACUGCUGCUUAGAAAUUAAGUAGUUGUUCUCAUUAUGGACCAGCUCCUACAAUACAUGAGUUAGUAAUUUUUUAAAUAAUUAUUAAUAUUACAAAAAUGAUUGAAUGUUCCUUCGGAUUAUAGGGCAGGUUUUUGUAUCUUAAUGUUUUAUUAAUUGACAACUGUAAAUCUUGUGUGUCAACUCGCACCAAAUUUCCAGUGAAAUGGAGACCAUAAUAUCUGCUAUGAGACAAAAUCUGCUUUAAAGGAAACAUGUAACCUUUUAUCUGGAGGUCCAAUCAGUGUUUAUGGUAGAUGGAGUACAUUGACUGAGAGAGCAGAUUAUAAUUGUUUUGCUCGUCGAGCUGUGCAGCCAGUUCCUACAUGUACCAGAAUGCAUUGUGCCUGAGCUUCUGACGCUCUGCCAAACCUGGUGUAGCCAAGUUGUGCCUAUACUUGUGCAGGCAAUACAAUAACAAUACAGAAGCUUCAUAGACGGCGACAACAACCAUUAUUUUCCACAUUGUCACUGGCAGCGCAUUACAGCUUCGCUCCUUUGCUCUCGGCAGCUCCGGUUCUGGAGUCUCUCCGCCGGCCACGAGCUCCACGAUGCAUUUCUUUCCAUUAAGUCAGCUACAAUACUGUGAAAUGUACACAAAACCUUGUCCAUAACAUCCUCUGCAUUUCAAAUUUGUGAGGCCAUUUUUGUUGUUGGAAACGUAACUAGUUUACAAUACUCGAAGAGAAGUUAGGUUUUUGAGCACCCUCUGACCCCCAGAGGAAUGCUGAAAUAGUCUGGAGUUCUUCCUCCCACCGACUACGUCAUUGUUAUGUCAAAUGUUGGUGCUGAACAGAAACAGCAGAUUUUGCAGUUUUACUGUUUAAAAAAAAAAUUCUGUUGGUAAUUUCUGUGAUUUUUUUUUUUAUUACCAGUGCUAUGUCACUAAAUAAAUACUGCUGCCACAGAACAAAAGACAAAAAGAUGAUUUAAAACCGACUAAAACGUUUGAAACUAAAAUUCAAUUUUAAAUAAUGGAUGUGCUUGUUGAAGUUAUUGUCAAUGUACUAAUAUCUAUGAUGUUUAAAAGCCGAAGGUGUGCCAUAAUUAUAUAUUUAAUGAAGACUGAAUGAAAUUGUGUUUUGAGUCAAACCGGAUUCCUGGUGUUUUUUCUCCAAAAGGCUUAAUUAUCAGUUUUAAAAUGUGAUAUUCAUCCAAAAGGCAUUGAGCUCCAACUCAGUCACUACCAUAAAGGUUUAUUCAACUUUAUUGCCUUUGAAUGCAGCAUCACGUUCUGUGCUUGAUACAUUUGUGUAUUUACUUUUACUUGAGUAUUUUCAUUGUAAUUUCUGUACUUUGCCACAGUUUUUUUUUUUUUGAAUCUCGGCUCCACUAAUUGCAUUUGAAAUUAAAGUAGUUAUUGCUA